AUGGCUCCCACUCCCAGACUCAGGCUCGAGAACAAGGUCGCCAUCAUCACUGGCGCCGGAUCCGGCAUCGGUCUUGAAACCGCCCUCCAAUUCGCCUCUGAAGGCGCGUCCCUGGUCAUCUCCGACAUCAAUCUUCCUGGUGUCCAAGCCGCCGCCGAACUCAUCAACAAGCACUACCCCACCUCUGGCACUGUCGCCGUCAAGUGUGACGUGAGCAAGGAGCCCGAGGUCAAGGCGAUGAUUGACAAGGCUGUGGAAGUGUUUGGGCGAUUGGACGUACUUUUCAACAACGCUGGUAUCAUGCACCCUGCCGACGACGACGCUAUCGCCACCGAGGAGAAGAUCUGGGACCUUACCCAGGCUAUCAAUGUCAAGGGUGUGUGGUAUGGCUGCAAGUAUGCCAUCCAGGCCAUGCGAAACAACAAGGAAGAGCCGGAGAAGGGUCUUUCCACCGGUGGUUCCAUCAUCAACGUUGCCUCUUUCGUCGCCAUUCUCGGUGCUGCCACCCCCCAGCUCGCCUACACUGCUUCCAAGGGUGCCGUCCUCGCCAUGACCCGUGAACUCGCCAUGGUCCACGCCCGUGAGAACAUUCGUUUGAACGCUCUGUGUCCCGGCCCUAUCCGCACACCGCUCUUGAUGGACUUUUUGAAUACACCAGAGAGGCUGAACAGGAGGAUGGUGCAUGUGCCUAUGGGGAGAUUUGGAGAGGCCGUCGAGCAGGCCAAGGCUGUUGUCUUCUUGGCUUCGGAUGACUCUUCUUACAUUAACGGUACCGACUUUAUGGUUGACGGUGGUCUUCACAAGUGCUACGUUACUCCCGACGGCGAGCCUUCCCAAGCUGGUCCUACUGGCCUCCUCGCCACUUUGGCGAAGGCUUAG